ACUUCUUUCUUCUCUCAUAGGAAUACUAAAUGCCUCUUUUACUCAGGAAGGAAUUUUCGGUCACGAAUUAUUUUUUGUUCCGAAAAGAGCUCCACUAAUUCUUUUUCCUCACGGGAAAACAGCUCCAGCUUCUGUAUUAUAGAAGGACCAGAAACUGUUCAAGAUUUUGUUCAGAUGCAGAUGCAAGAGAUUCAAGACAAUAUAAGGAGUAGGCGGAACAAGAUCUUUCUCCUAAUGGAAGAGGUUAGAAGACUACGAGUACAACAACGCAUAAAGAAUGCCAAGAUUAUUGAUGAUAGCAGCGAAGAGGCAAAUGAGAUGCCUGAAAUCCCAUCAUCUAUUCCUUUUCUUCCUCAUGUGACACCAAAGACAUUGAAACAGCUCUACUUAACAAGCUUUUCAUUUAUAUCUGGGAUAAUCAUAUUCGGUGGUCUUCUUGCUCCAACACUGGAGCUGAAACUAGGUGUAGGAGGCACCUCAUAUGAAGAUUUUAUACGCAACAUGCAUUUGCCGCUGCAAUUAAGUCAGGUUGAUCCGAUUGUAGCAUCCUUUUCUGGUGGGGCUGUGGGUGUUAUUUCAGCUUUGAUGUUAAUUGAAGCCAAUAAUGUUGAACAACAAGAGAAGAAAAGAUGCAAGUACUGCCAUGGAACUGGAUACUUGGCUUGUGCCCGGUGUUCUGCUUGUGGAGUAUGUUUGAGCAUUGAACCAAUUUCAACAUCCAAUGAUUCAGAUCGUCCAUUGUGUGCACCUACAACUCAAAGAUGUCCAAACUGCUCUGGAGCUGGAAAGGUGAUGUGCCCUACAUGCCUGUGCACUGGAAUGGCUAUGGCAAGCGAACAUGAUCCUCGGAUAGAUCCAUUUGAUUGAUAAAGGAAUUGGAUGCUGAUGUUCCGUGACAUUCAGUCUCAUGGUUUCUCUUUGUAAUUAAACAAUAAAUAUAUACUUGGAAAGACUUGUUUUCCCACAGGUUUUUAUAUAUAUAUAAUUAGAUAUCAGAUAAA